GCCUGUUCAUUCACCUCCAACCAUCAACAGGGGUCAUACCUAUCACUUACAGCGAGGGCAACACAAUCAUUUCCACAAUCAUUUUCAGGACUCUAAAUACAUCUCGGAUUAACUUCCAUUGCGAGAUCACAUUUUUAUUUUAUUUUAUCAUGGACAUCUUAUUAUAACAUUUGAAUAUUCCUUAUUAUAACAUUUGAAUAUUUCAAAAUACUUUAUUAUUUUUCAAAUUCGCUGCAGAGAGUUUCAAAUACAUCAUUUUUUGAUUAGCAAUUUAUCAAUUGUGCACCUGGUAAUUUAGGAGAUGGUGUCUCGGUUGCAGAUAUUGCUCUUGUUGUGGUGUGCGGUCGCUCUCACUUGGGCACAAGUUGCAUUCAGCGACGUAAUGGAUAAUGGAAUAAAAGAGGAACUAGAACAGACCGACGGACCACUGCUAGAUGAUGAGAUGGACAACCAGGAGAACGUUUUAACUCAGCUGCUGGGAGAUUAUGACAAAGUGAAAACACUGUCGGAAGGCUCAGACUGUCGCUGUAAAUGUGUUGUCAGACCGCUGAGCAGAAGUGCCUGCCGGCGGAUAGAGGAGGGCACCGCUAAGCCCGAAGACUUUUACACAGUGGAGACCCAAUCGGGGCCCAGUUGUAAAAAGUGUGCCUGUAUAGCCCCGCCCUCUGCUCUGAAUCCCUGUGAGGGAGAUUACAGGUUCAAGAAGCUGCAGGAGGCGGGGAAAGAUGACAUCAAGCUCUCAACAGUAAUGGAGUUACUGGAGGGAGCGUUUUACGGGAUGGAUCUAUUAAAGUUGCACUCAGUUACAACCAAACUCCUCAACCGGGUUGACAAUAUAGAAAAGACCUUUUCUUGUAACCACACGGAGAAGGAUAAAGUGAGUAUGAGGAGCCCCUCUAGUGAGGAAAAGGAGAGAGAGAAGGAGAGAAGAGCCCAGCAGUGGAUGGAAAAGAGAAAACGUCUGACUGAGCUGGAGCCGUCCCUGCAGAAGGAUACAGCUGCAGCUUAUGCUAACACAGAGAAGAAGUAUGAGGAGCGCUACAUUGGGGCCAAGGGCCAGGGGACCACCAGGCCCAUGCUGAAGAGGAGCCAGCAGCAAAAAAGGGAGGAGCCCCAGAGGCCCCUGAACGGCAUGGUCAUCAGAGGAGUGACUUUCUACAAGGCCAACACGGUGGACGAUGGAGCCGCUGAGGAGCUCACAGCAGACGAAGCCCUGAGCGGUGAUGGUUCCAUGGACCUGCUCAUCGAUGACCAGCUCCUGAGACCCACCCAGCCCAGACCUGUAGCAGGCACCCAGACACCAACAUCACAAGACAGGAAGUGGAACCCAGACAACCAGGCCACUCGUGCCUCCAAAACAGCCCCUAGUCCCCAAGGGAAUCCCACCACAUCUGCCCCAAGAGCUACCAAGACACCAUCAACCACUGUCUUCAUCCCGACCACAACCAUUCCAACCACAACUACGACCGCAGCAACCAUCACUACUACAAAGGUUGCGACAAGCGCAAGCACCACUCAACCAGUGGCCACUACGAAACCUGAAACCUUGUCUGUUUUGACCACGUCUCUAACCGCUGCAGUGCGACAGGUCAACAGCACCACAGCCCCACCCAGCAAGGUGACUGGUGCACCCAAACCCAAGCAUCACAUCAGCUGGACAGAGGGCCACUCAGAGGUCCCCUCGGCGAUCCCUAAAGUCCCUGGCAUGUGCAAAGACACUCUGGCCUCCAUCUCGGACCCAGUGACCCAUAACACCUACGGCCGGAAGGAAGGGGCCUGGAUGAAGGACCCAAAAGGCAACGGAAAUGUCAUAUAUGUCACCAACUACUACUACGGUAACCACCUACUGGAAUUCCGCGACAUGGACAACUUCAAACAAGGACACUUCACCAAUUCCUACAAGCUACCGUACAACUGGAUCGGCACAGGCCACGUGGUGUACAACGGAGCUUUCUAUUACAACCGCGCCUUCUCCCGUGACAUCAUCAAGUUCGACCUGCAUCUGCUCUACGUGGCGGCCUGGACGACGCUGCACGAUGCCGUGUUAGAGGAGGAGGACGCCUCCUGGAGGUGGCGAGGACACUCGGAUAUCGACUUUGCGGUGGAUGAGAGCGGCCUGUGGUUAGUGUACCCUGCUCUGGAUGAGGAGGGCUUCCAUCAGGAAGUAAUCAUCCUAAGCCGUGUGAACCCGACCGACCUCAGCCUCCAGAGUACGUUCAGAACGGGCCUGAGGAGACACUUCUACGGAAACUCCUUUGUCAUUUGUGGUGUCCUGUAUGCAGUGGACAACUACGAACGCACCCACGCCAAUAUAUCCUACGCCUUCGAUACGCACACACACACCCAGAUGAUCCCCAGAAUACCUUUCACAAACAACUACACAUACACGACGCAAAUCGACUACAACCCCAAGGACAAAAAGCUGUAUGCAUGGGACAACGGUCACCAGGUGACCUACAAUGUUAUAUUUGCAUAUUAAAAAGCAGACGAGUAGUGAUCCAUAUAAUAAAGGGACGAGCACUUAUUUGUAUUAAAUAUCCUAAAUAUAUACACUACCAUUCAAAAGUUUAAGAACACCUACUCCUUAAGAACACCUACCUAAGACAUCAAAACUAUGAAAUAACACAUGGAAUCAUGUAGUAACCAAAAAAGUGUUAAACAAAUCAAAAUAUAUUUUUUUAUUUGAGAUUCUUCAAUUAGCCACCCUUUGCCUGGAUGACAGCUUUGCACACUCUACUUUAACCAGCUUCACCUGGAAUGCUUUUCCAACAGUCUUGAAAGAGAUUCCACAUAUGCUGAGCACUUGUUGGCUGCUUUUCCUAGACUUUGCAGUCCGACCCAUCGCAAACCAUCUAAAUUUGGUUGAGGUCGGGGGAUUGUGGAGGCCAGGUCAUCUGAUACAGUACUCCAUCACUCUCCUUCUUGGUCAAAUAGCCCUUACACAGCCUGGAGGUGUCCUGUUGAAAAACAAAUGAUAGUCCCAGUAAGUCCAAACCAGAUGGGAUGGCGUAUCGCUGCAGAAUGUUGUGGAAGCCAUGCUGGUUAAGUGUGCCUUGAAUUCUAAAUAAAUCCCAGACAGUGUCACUAGCAAAGCAUCCCCACACCAUAACACCUCCUCCUCCAUGCUUCACGGUGGGAAAUACACAUGUGGAGAUCAUCCGUUCACCCACACCGUGUCUCACAAAGACAUGGCAGUUGGAACCAAAAAUCUCUAAUUUGGACUCCAGGCCAAAGGACAAAUUUCCAGCGAUCUAAUGUCCAUUCCUCGUGUUUCUUGGCCCUAGCAAGUCUCUUCUUUUAUUGGUGUCCUUUAGUGGUUUCUUUGCAGCAAUUCAAUCAUGAAGGCCUGAUUCACACAGUCUACUCUGAACAGUUGAUGUUGAGAUGUGGGCUGCAAUUUCAGAGGCUGGUAACUAAUGAACUUAUCCUCUGCAGGCAGAGGUAACUGGUUAUUCCUUUCCUGUGGUGGUCCUCGUGAGAGCCAGUUUUAUAUCACUUGAUGGUUUUUGUGACUGAUUGGCUCAAACGCAUUAAGAAAUUUACAAAUUAACUUUGAACAAAGCACACCUGUUAAUUGAAAUGCAUUCCAGUUGACUACCUCAUGAAGCUGCUUGAGAGAAUGCCAAGAGUGUGCAAAGCUGUCAAAGGCAACGGGUGGCUAUUUGAAGAAUCUCAAAUAUAUUUUGAUUUGUUUGGUUACUACAUGUCUUAUUUCAUAGUUGUCUUCACUAUUAUUCUACAAUGUUUAAAAAAAAUAAAGCAAAACCCUUGAAUGAGUAGGUGUUCUCAAACCUUUGAAUGGUAGUGUACAUUUGAUGUCUUAGUGGAUUGUAGAUCAGUCUACAGGGCCAUUGUGUUUUGCACUUUAUAAUCUCUGCUCUGUUUGUUUUUUUUCUCAAAAUGUCUCCCAUUUUGUCCCAACACACGUUAUUGUAUUUUUAUAUUUAAUGGUCACCAUUUAACUGCCCAAAUGGCAGCAGGCAAGAUCAUUCAGCGAAGUAAGACACAGUUAUUUCUUACUGCUUGUUAGAAGUUUAAAACGUGUAUGUUGUGUAUACUGUAAUUUAAAAUGAAGCUUUUAAAAAAAUAAAUGCCUUCAAACAUGAAUACUGA